CCCCGCCCCGUGACGCCGGUUGCUAGAGAGCCGGGCGGGCGCUCCAACCGCUGCCUUCCUCCCGCGGCGGAGCCGGCCCGGCCCGGCCCGGCUAUGGCGGCCGAGGAGGAGGAGGGCGACUUGGAGUGGGUGGUGGACACCAUCGCCGGGUUCCUGCGCGGGCCCGCCUGGUCCAUCCCCAUCCUGGAGUUCAUGGAGCAGAAGUGCGACGUUUUUGAUGAUGAAGAAGAAAGCAAAUUGUCUUACACAGAAAUCUAUCAGGAGUACCAAGCUCUGGUUGAAAAAUUAUUAGAAGACUAUCUUAAAGAAGUUGGAAUUAAUGAAGAGAAAUUUCAAGAAGCUUUUUCAUCUCCUCUUGCAAAGACACAUACUUCUCAGGCCAUCUUGCAAACAGUGUUGGCAGCAGAAGAUUUUAGACUAUUUAAAAAAAUGAUGGUACAGAAAAAUAUUGAAAUGCAAUUGCAAGCUCUUCGAAUCAUUAAAGAAAGAAAUGGUGUCUUACCUGACUGCUUGACAGAGGGUUCUGAUGUAUUCAGUGAAAUUGAACAAGAAGAAAUGAAAAUACUGAGGGAGGUUCUAAGAAAAUCUAAGGAAGAAUAUGAAAUAGAGCAAGAAAGAAAGAGAACUGAAGAAGCACGCGAUAAAACAAAGUCACCAGCUGUUACCUGCAGUGUUCCAGGAGAUGCGAGAGAAGCUGUUAAAUCCAAGGAACCCAGUGAAGGAGCUCACAGUCCUGAAGAAACUCCAAAACCUCGAUUAGAGGAAUCUCAGAAACCUGUGAAGGAAGACUUAAAACCUGUCCGACCAUUACCUAAAGGAGCAGAAAGCUCACCUCAGCCAUCUGGCACCAAAGGGAAAGGCGACAGUAAGAAAAGGUCAGCUGGAAAGUGUCCCGAAAAUGCAGCACAAAAAGCUGGGAUGAAAGGACCUAAUUCCUCAGAGGUUGAAAAGCAGGAGUUGAAGCAACGAGAGGACUACCUGAAGAAAAAACGAGACAUGCUGAUGGCUACAAAGAAAGACUCAAGAAAUAAUGUACUGUUACCAACAGACACUGCACAGAAAGCAGAGGAAUCGCCUCCUAAAGAGGAGAUGUCAGAAGAGAAACAGAAGUUGCUCCAGAAGAGGAAGAUGCUCGCAGAAAAGCUAAAAGAAGAAGUUAUCAAUAAGCGGUAAUCUUAAGCAGCUCGUGGCAGACCCCAAGAACAUGAGUAUGUUUUUAGAGUAAGUUACAGAACCAGCAACUGAAUGGAGUUGCUUUUCAAUAUUACACUUAGUUUUCUAGAACUUGCAGACAAGGUAACUCAGUACUUUGUAUGUACUUAAAAUUCCACUGAAACACACUAAAACCACUUAUUUUCCAGAAUGCUGGAAACUCACUUUCACUGGAACACGUUCAGCCAUUUAAUACCACUGCAACACACAGAUCAGUUUCUAAACUACUGGCCUCAGACUUUGGUAUUACAUAGAGCAAAAGCGGAUCCUGAAAUCUGUUCAAGUAAUUCCUACAGGAACAGCUCUGAAUUAGGAAC